AUGAAGAACGGCCAAGCCAUUCACACUACCACCAUGGAUUCUUCUCCCAAGCAACCACGAAACAACAACCGACAGCAGCGGUUCCGCAAGCUCGCUGGAGCCACAAAUCAGAUCCCCAUCAUGCUGGAACCGGAAGAAGAUCGCAUCACUUCGCCGCCCCUGGAAAUCUACGUGAACGAGUUGUCCGUGUCUGGGUCACUUGAGGCUUCCUCUUCUGCCAUGACGGAUAUAACUUUUGAGAAUAGUUGCUCGAUGAAUCUGAGUGGCCUCUUCUCCUUAACCUCGUCCAUGAGUUCACUGGGCGGAGAUGGGAUCAACGUGACAACCGCCUGUGCAUCGGGUGAUGAUGAAGAAGAAAACCAACGACGAUUGCCCCCAAGAGGACAGAGCUGUGGCCGCUCCAAACGAGGUGGUCGCAAGGGUGGCGUCAUGAGGUGGGCCAGCAUGCCACAAAAGAAGAGCCCGCACAGCCGAGCUGCAGCGACGGAGUCACCACCUUGCACUUGCACCCAAAACAGUCCUCGCAUUCCUCGUCGACGAGGGAGCAACGACUCCCUCAACACCUCUGAUUCUAUUAAUAGCAGUGCCAACAGGAAAUCGGAGGAAGAGCACCACCACCAAGGGGACUGUGGUGCAUGCAAGACCAGGCAAAAGCCAAAACUACCCAUACGCAAGGGAAGCGCUGCAUCGCUGUUUGAUGAUAGUUUUUCCACAACUAGUUCCUCUACAGAGGAGGCAGACGAAGUUGUCCUGUCAGCCCAUGCUGCAUAG